AUGAUGCCCGGACGCGGCAGCCGAGAAUCAACACCAGCCCACAAGGGACUUUUGAGGGACGAAACACUUGUCCUCCGGCACUUCCUUGGAUACGACGACAUUGAUUCACCAUCAAGUCUUCUACCAAAAGGCCUUGGCAAUAAGCUACAGCGAUCUCCCUUGCGCGAUGUUCUCUUCGUCGGGCUCGACAUUGACACAUUUCAAGGAUACGAGCGCCUCAUCGCCGACCAGCAAUUACACAUCGGGGUCUCAAUACUAGACGCGAGAAUCCUGGAAGAUAUGCUCCUGGAACCAACCACGGCACAAUAUCAAGACGCCAUAACAUCAUACCAAUUCACGGUAGGAGAGUCGGCUUACUGCAAAAGGGCAUCGAAGAAAUUUCUCUUCGGCUCCUCACAGCCCAUCGCCAUCGCCGAACUCGGACCGAGAAUAAAUGACCUGCUAUCGCAACGAGACUUUAUCCUCGUUCUCCACGGCACGAACUCGGACUUGAAGAUCCUCCGACACCUCGAGAUCGAUAUCCCGGACCGGUCACUCUACGUCGUCGACACCAACAAGGCGGCGCAGUAUCCCCUCCAGCUAUGGUACCGAUACGGCUUGGAGAAGUUGCUCGAGACCUUGCACAUACCCUUUGCGAAUCUGCACGCUGCUGGGAACGAUGCGCACUACUGUCUGCGGGCUUUGCUCAUGAUAGCGGUAACCGAUGCUGAGCGCCGUCUGUCAGGACAUUCCGCGAGCGCGAUCGCAUUUCUUCAACUCGGCGUCAGCCUAGCCAAACUCGUUCAGCUGUGGCGCGAGCUCGAUGACGUACCGGAUGAUCUCCAAGACGCUCUAGAGCAGCUCGAACUCCUUCAGCCGAUGCUGAAUUACAUCAAAUGCGAGUUCGAGCAGCGUCCACAGCUAGCCGCCCUCCCGUCGGCGAAGCAAUGCGUCAAAUACGCCAUCACGGCGAGUCAAAACGUCAAAACUCUUGCAAAGAAGUUCCAAGACGAUAUAAAGAGCAAGAAAGGACGGCUGGGGAAGAAGUUCGGGAUGCUGAAAGUAGCGUUCAGAGAGGAUGAGGUGGUCAAGUUGCAAAAGCGGCUCGAUCGGGCGCUGAAGGUGUUGGGCUUGUGUGUUGAUUGCUACCGGCUGGCCGUCGAUCAGACGUCCGACGAUCGCAUUAUCAAAGAUACGUCGUCGAUGGUCCUGAGCCGAACGCAGACGCUUGUCGAGGCAUCCGAGGACCGAAUCGUUCGAAGGGUCACGCUCGAGUUGACUUCGCAGUUCGGAAAGAAUGAAGAAAACGCCACUUUCAAGAAACCAGUGGACAAGAAAGAGUCUGCGAAGGAAGGCGUCUAUACGGUGGUAAAAUCUCAUCACUGCGGCGUGAAACUGGCCUCAUAUACUCCAUCGGCCCUUGGGAAGAUCUUGUUCAACUCGUCGAGGAGCGCGGGGUACUGGCAAAUGUUCCUACAGGCGCCUAGCUGGAUGUCACGGGACGCUUGGUCAUGGGAGUUUAUGGCCCAGCGCGCUGUUGCUGGUUGGACUUUCGCUUUGAGGUCGUACAGCAUCCGGCCAGAAGACUCCCAGAUAUUCAAGGUGGUUCGGGACGGCGAAGUCUCCGAGAUGUUGUCGCUUUUUAGGUCUGGAGAGGCCUCACCGUACGAUAGAGAUAGUAAGGGCGCGUCACUGCUGCAUUAUGCCACCGAAAGCUGGCAGAUCGACACGUCUCGGACGUUGCUGGAGUUGGGCUUAACAGAUAGCAUGGAUGAACACCAUCCCGGGAGGGAAAGGAGUCCUCUCGACGAGCUGGUUUUCUCCCACGCCGACAAAAGCUCCUAUGAUAAGGAUCACCGCCUUCUCGACCUCUUUCUCGAGUACCGCUCCAGUAUCGAUUCGAUCGAAAUACCAAAACUUUUUGAUUACCUCGGAGACUGGUCCAUAGAUGACGACUGCCUUCGAGCCUUUCAGGGCUGGUUCAUGCCGGAAUACCACGGCCUUCCGCUGCGAGUCCGCGCCGAGGCAGUCCGCAGGGCCUGCUUCUCCGAAGUGCAAUCCUCCAAUACCGUGCGGUUCCUUCUCGACAGUAAUACGAAGCAGGGCAUCUCGAGGGGGGUUAUCGACUCAUCGGCGAAGUCUGGACUUUCGAUCGUGCACUCCGUCGCCCUGGCGCUCGGUCGGAGGUGUGCUUUGGAUGUAUUGCCAAGUUACCAGAAGUCCAGCAUCUGGGGACGUCUCUUCAACAUGAAUUGGGAGUAUCUAAUAGGCUCAGUCGUCAUGGCGACGUCCGAGAAAGUGCUGCACGGGGUCGAGACGGUUGAGCCGUGCUACGAUUUCGAUGUCGCGCCGUGGCGUGGCUCGCCGCUGAUUUCGGUCGUUGGUGGCACGUUGUGCCAGAUGCGGUCGUCAGCCAGAUCGGUACACAAUCAUCUAGACUUGGUACUUCAAGGGACUCUGAGAAGUUGGCUGAGCGAGCUUAACGAGUGCGGCAUCGACCUACUCAAGUACGGGAUGAGAGAGAAGGAGGUGUUUGCGUCGAGUCAGGGAACAUUCGACGCCGAUUCUGUGGCGAGACAUCAGCGGUGGAUGAAAAAUGAGUGGUGCAGGCCAGAAUUGAGGUCGGUGUCUAUCCGUCUAACGGCUUUGACUUACGGCUCCGAAAUUACGGACUGGAGAGUGUGGUGGGCUCCGGAGUACGAAGUCUUGGCCGCGGAGUUCUGGGAAGCGGUGGACAAUCCGCCUGAAAUCAUGCCGGGCAGCUGGCUUGAUUGA